AUGUCCCAGAUCCAAGAUACAGGCACUAAAAUGAAUGACGGGCCCCAGAAAGCCACUGAGGAUAAAGACAAAGAAGAGGAAGGUGGAAAUGUGGAUACAAUUGUAAACGAGAAUGGCAAAGACAGUGCAGACAUUAAAGAGGACGCAGAGCAAACAGAGCAAACGGAAUCACCACAAGAAUCUCCGCCAAUGGAAGACCAGCAGCCUGAUAGCACCCCACAAGACAUAGAUGAGGAUAUUGCAAAUAAGGACACAGAUGGAAAAGAAGAUACCAAAGAAGAUGCAGAAGAAGAUAACCAGGACCAAGAGACUCCCACAGAACAGAAUGACGCAGAACAGGAAUCUCAGCAAGCAGAAGACGUGCAAACAAAUGAUACAAGUCAAAGCAAAGACAUGGAGGUAAAGGAGGAGCUUGCAAACCAAGAAUGUAAAGACGAAGGUGUUCAAGACCAAGGCGCCGAUACAGAACCAAAAGACAUCACGCAAGAAUCUCAGACAGAACAAGACCAGCAGAAUGAUGGUGGAUCUCAAGAUCAAGUUGAGGAAAGCAGCAACAUGCAUACAGAAGGAGACGGGGGGAGUACAAACGAUAUUCAAGAAGGCGUUCAAGAUGAAGAGGAUCAUACAGAGCAAAAUGACGACACAACACAACAGUCUCAAUCUAUUCUGGACGAGAAGAAUGAUACUGUCUCGGAGGACCAGAACAAAGAAGAGAAAAGUGUGGAUACAGCUGAACCUAAAAACGAGGAAAAUGAACAGAGUGUCAAUGUUAUCGAUGAUGUUCAAGACCAAGACGCAAACGCAGAGCCAACAGACAAGACACAAGAAUCGCAGCCAAUAGAGGACAAGACGGAUGAUAGUGCCUUGCAGGGUAAAGGCAUGGAAAGAGAGGAGGAAAGUGAACAAAAGGAUACGGUAAUAGAAGAGGGCAGCAAGGAUGGAGAUGAUGAAGCGCAAGAAAGUCAUGCUGAGCCGAACGAAGACGAAGAAACUGACGAUAUCUCCCCAGACAAAGUGGAAGAAGGUGGGAAGGAUACAGAUGCAUUACAGGACAUUACAGAUGGAAUGGGACACAGUAUUGAAGACCAAGCCCCUGCACCAGAGUCCAGUGACACAACCUCGCAAUCGGCAGACCCGGAAAAAGAGGAGAAAAGUGAACAGAAGACAGCAGACGAAGUAAGAGAUGAGGCGGAGCCAAAUGACUCAACACAAGAAUCCCAGCCGACAGAAGGCCAACAGGCUGCCUCUCAAGAUGAAGACAAAGAGGGGGAAAUCGAUAAGAAGGAAGCAUUCGGAAACGAAGGAAGCAAAGACGGACAAGAAGGGGAACAGUCCAACCACGGUCAAGAAAAAGUAGAAACGAGUAAAGAAGACGACGGUGGUGCUGACCAUGGCAAAAUCUAUGUUUUAGAAGAACCAAACGAUGCAGACCUAGCAGAGAACUACAACACUGCAGCCUCAGGCGUGAAAGAGGACGGGGCUAAGCAAGAAGGAACAGCUGUUGUGGAGAACAACACAGACGGUGAGAACCUUGACGGAGACCAACAAAAGGUACAAACAGAUAAAGAUGAAGGAAAUCAGGAGGAAAACAGUCUUAUUAAUGAAGACAAGGUCUCACAUGAAGAAGCUAGUGAUGGGGUAACUCAGGAUGAUAUAGAGAACGUUCAGUCUGAUGUACCAGACAACCACAAAACAGGAAAUACAGACGAGGAGGGGCACGGCGAAGACAUGAAGAACAAGAAUCAACUUGGUGUUGAAGAAAAUAACCUUUCCAGUGGUGGCAAGGUGACAAGACAAGGAGAAACUGUAUAG